CUUCCUGUAUAUUUUGUUCCUUUUUAUAUCAAGAAACAACUUUCUUAUGUUUCUUUGAAUGAAACCAUCAAAAAACUUAGGCCGACUUUUCCAUACGGAAAGUACAAAGGUGAAACAAAAUAUUGUGCAAUUCUUGCUCGUUGGUUACUGAACUUUGCAGUGCAGUCGUAUUAUGACCCAAAAGGCAUAAAGACGGCCUCCGGAUGGGGAGAAAUGAAAGGCCAACUGAAUCUUUUGGAUUUUAUCAGCGAUCCAAUCUACGAAAGCCAUUGUUUAGUAGCACUGCAACGCGAUAAGCUUGUCAUUGCCUUUAGAGGGUCCAGUUGUUGGAAGCAUUUACUUAGCAACUUCGACUUUUUCAAGCAACUUUUGCCCGACUUGAACAAUACUGUUAUCUCUCAAGAAAGAUUUCUUGGAGUUCAUAAAGGCUUUUGGAGAGCUUAUGCAGGACUUCGCGAUCGAAUUAUUCAACGGGUCGGGAACUAUAUCCAGUCCCUUGGGGGCCAGAAGCCGCUGCUUUUUGUGACAGGCCACAGUCUUGGCGGGGCAUUAGCCACUUUCGCUGCGUACGACUUAACCCUCCAGUUCCAACUGGGCGACCUCCAGAUGUACAACUUUGGGUCGCCACGUGUCGGAAACUUUUUAUUUGCGCUGGACUACAACGCAGUGGUCCCGAAUAGUUUUCGAAUAGUUUUCGACGGGGACCUCGUGGUCGGCCUACCCCAAUCGUUUUUAUUUUUUCAGCACGUGGGAACGGAAAUUGUGGUGGAUCGUUUUGGAAAUGUUAUUAUAAAUCCAACAAUAGUGGAAAAGUGGCUGCGCACUAAAAGCACUGCUUAUUCGCACGCCCAUCGCUGCUCCAGUUACGUGGAGGCCACUACCAACUCAUUAAAAAUGUUGCUGGAUUUUGUUGGGCUUGAUUUUUAUUGCGGUUCCGAUCUUCAAGCGCUGAUGCCUUUUGUAUAUUUUACUAAUGACGAACUUUUAGCGAUCUUUAAUUUGUCCAGCGAUUGGCUGAAGGAAGAGGAGAUUAUUGAGGAUGUCGUGAGCACCCCGCAGCAACCACGUGAUUCAGAAUUUCGGCCUUGUAAAAUUAAUUCUAAAGUUGAUUUACAAACAAUUGAAAUUAGUAAAAAAAAUAGCGAAGAAAAUAAUUCGAAUUCUUCUGAAGACAACUUAAAUGAACUCCAAAAAUUUUUAGAAUUUUAA